AUGCACGAAAUACGCACUCCCAAAAAAAUGGCACUUGUGGGUUUAAAGAUUUGUGCUUUGGCACUUUUUCUUCUUUUAGGAGCCGCUGCUGAAGAUGAAAGAAAGCCAAAUAUUGUUUUUAUGCUGAUGGAUGAUGUAAGCUAGCCUUUCUUUUGCAAAUUUUACGUAACUUGUAGCUGAUAGCGCUAUACUUCUACGGUUUCUUCACGUUUUGACGUCCUGAUGGCUCAAUAUAAAGCGAAAAUCCACCGACACCGCUAGGAAAGCGCCUUAAUGUAAUUAAAGCUGCAAGUUUUAGGGUGAUAUGUAGAAAACGCAAAGUAAUGUUUGGUGAUCGACUUGUCCGGGGGUACCCCCUUAUAUAUUCAGCCUGUGCACAUAGUCAACUCUCCCCUUAUGGACCAGUGGCGAAUCCAGGGGAGGGCCCCCCUUAUUUUUAGACCAAACUGAUGCUCGAAGGGCUGAAAAAAAAAUUUUGUGAGACUCCCUUCCCCUUAUUUGUAGGUCUAGAUCUGCCACUGCAAACACCCCUCCAAGACUAUGUUGGUUCCUGCCUUUUUUCUGUCAUUUUACCAUAACUAUACUCUAAGACAGACAGCAGACACUUUUGAAACCAUCAACAGACAUUUGAGAGGUAGACUACGUGUAGUCCCCCAUUUUUCCUUAGGGAUAGUAGAGCAAGUGAAACGUGAGUGUGCGUGAAAAUCACCCCAUGCAAGAAAAGUGGUGGAGAAAAAUGAGGGAGUACAGACAAAACCCAAGCUUUUGACUCUUCACGGCCGACCGAUUUUGGCGUGUGAAAAUCGUAUCCCCCUUCCAAAUCAAUUGAGCACAUCCAAUGGAUUCCUUCUCUCACUGAGCCGUCAUUGCUCUUGUCAUCAGUAAACUGUGGGGGGAUAUUUAUUGCAAGCUAAAGAAAACCCAGAUACAAAUUUUCUUUACGGCUGUUUCGCAUGAAUAACUUGAUAGUGUAGGCAACACACAACUUUUACUCAUGCAAUAAUGCUGCUUGUUCCAGUGAUUUUUUUCCUCUGACGGGUAGAUUAUGCUCUGAAGGAAAACGUUUUGACUGAGCAAAUGUGAUUUUUGCUGCUUAUUUCAUACUGAGAGGUCGUGACAUGCAUAUUAAUUUUCUGCUGUUAUUGUUUAUGGUCGGCAUGAUUUACCCUCUGAUGCAAGAGCAUUUUCUUCAGUUGACCUCUUUUGAGUAGUAAAGCUCUUCAAUGCGGCUACAUAAGGGUUUGGGGUUGUUUAAUUUCGCCGGCAAUUUCCCCCCGGAUCUGAAUAAUUUUAAGCGAUUUUCUUUUUGGCCGUGAAUGUGACGGUUUCCUGCACUGUUUUGUCACGCUGUGCUCAGCUUGUUAGCAUUUUUAGCAGGAUAGUGAUAUCCAAAUCUCGAAGAAUGGAGAACUGCAAUCUGACUCAGUCGUGACUGCUCAUGAAUUUUUACUGUCGCCUGUUUUUCUGGAGACAAUGUGAGUCUUUGGACUGGGGUGCGUAGUUCCUCCCUUGUAAAAAUUUAUUAGCGAUCGCGCCGCGAUCGCGGCGCGAUGACCGCGAUCGCGGAGCGAUGGCAGCGAUCGCGGCGCGAUUGUGCAUAUCGCGGCGCGAUUUAAAUUAAUCGCGCCCGCGAUAGCGACGUGGUGAUCGCGAUCGCGGCGAGGUUAUAGCGAUCGCGGCGCGGUGAUCGCGAUCGCGACGCGAUGAUCGCGAUCGCGACGCGAUGAUCGCGAUCGCGACGCGGUAAUCGCGAUCGCGACGCGGUGAUCGCGAUCGCGGCGCGAUGAUUUUGAUCGCGGCGCGAUAUCAGCGAUCGCUAUGCAAUUGAAGUAAAUCGCGCUUGCAAUAGCGACGCGAUGAUCGCGAUCGCGGCGUAGUGAUCGCGAUCGCGGCGUGGUGAUCGCGAUCGCGGCGAAGUUAUAGCGAUCUCAACGCGAUGAUCGUGAUUGCGGGAAGAUGAUCGCGAUCGCGGCGCAAUUUUGAAAAAUCGUAUCUGCGAUCCCAAGGUCAGGAUUGCGAUGCUGGCGAUGAAAUCGCAAUCGCGGCGAAGUUAUAAUGAUCUCAGAACGAUGAUCGUGAUCGCAGGAAGAAGAUUACGAUCGCGGCGCGAUUCAGAAAAAUAUUAUCCGCGAUCUCAGAGCCAGGAUUGCGAUCCUGGCGAUGAAAUCGCGAUCGCAGCGGUAUUGUACUUAUCGCGGCGUGGUGAACGCGAUCGCGGGGAAGAUAGAGCGAUCGCGGCGAAGUUGUAGCGAUCUCAACGUGAUGAUCGUGAUCGCGGGAAGAUGAUCGCCAUCGCGGCGCAAUUUUGAAAAAUCGUAUCUGCGAUCCCAAGGUUAGGAUUGCGAUGCUGGCGAUGAAAUCGCGAUCGCGGCGGAGUUAUAACGAUCUCAGCCCGAUGAUCGUGAUCGCAGGAAGAGGAUUACGAUCGCGGCGCGAUUCAGAAAAAUAUUAUCCGCGAUCUCAGGGUCAGGAUGGUGAAGAUAGAGCGAUCGUGGCGAAG